AUAUUUAAGGCUGGAAGAAGUAAAGGAAUUUUUCUUUUUCCUGAGAAAGGAAAAUAUCUCAAGGACUAGUCUGAUCAUCCAAACAACUAAAUGUUUAUAAUCAGGAACGGAUGCAGGGGACUGUGAACUGAAUAGUGCAAGUGCUGAAGAAGGAGGCUUGUUUUGAGGAAACAGGAAAGAGAAAGAAAAGAGAAGGGAAAAUACAUAAUUUUAAGGAAGAAGGAGAGGAAAAAAAACGGGGACUAUGGGGAGAAAAAAGAUUCAGAUUACAAGGAUUAUGGAUGAGCGUAACAGACAGGUGAGUAAUAACAAUACUGGUGUUGAGAUUAAUACUGUAUUUAUAGGGUCCAGAGUCAGCCUCUAUAAUCCAGUGGUGACACAGAGCCAAGGAGGAGAGGGAAAAAUUGGCAUAGAGUCCAUAGAGCUUCUGAAUAAGGAUGGAUCUUCUUGUCUUGUCAUUCAUAGCAAGGCAUGUGGCAUCAUUGCAGUGGGUAUGUCAGCAGUUUCUGUCCCUAAAUUAGAAUAUAAAACAUUCCACCUCUGGGCAGUUUGUGUUAUUCUAACACUGCUGAGUCUUUCUUGCAGCCUGUGUAAAGGAUUGAACUUUCCAAAUUGUGUAUUUCAGACAUUGAGAAAGAAAGGACUUAAUGGCUGUGACAGUCCAGACCCCGAUGCAGACGAUUCAGUAGGUCACAGCCCUGAGUCUGAGGACAAGUACAGGAAAAUUAAUGAAGAUAUUGAUCUAAUGAUCAGCAGACAAAGAUUGUGUGCUGUUCCACCACCAAACUUUGAGAUGCCAGUUUCUAUCCCAGUGUCCAACCACAGCAGCCUGGUAUACAGUAAUCCAGUCAGCUCACUGGGAAACCCCAAUCUUUUGCCACUGGCCCAUCCUUCUUUGCAAAGAAAUAGCAUGUCUCCUGGCGUGACACAUCGGCCUCCGAGUGCAGGUAACACAGGUGGCCUGAUGGGUGGGGACCUCACUACCGGUGCAGGCACCAGUGCAGGAAAUGGUUAUGGCAACCCCCGCAACUCACCAGGUCUGCUGGUCUCACCUGGCAACUUGAACAAGAAUAUGCAAGCAAAAUCUCCGCCUCCAAUGAAUUUGGGAAUGAACAACCGUAAACCAGAUCUCCGUGUGCUUAUUCCACCUGGCAGCAAGAAUACAAUGCCAUCAGUGUCUGAGGAUGUUGAUCUGCUCCUGAAUCAGAGGAUAAAUAACUCCCAGUCUGCUCAGUCAUUGGCUACUCCAGUGGUUUCCGUAGCAACUCCUACUCUACCAGGGCAAGGGAUGGGAGGAUACCCAUCAGCCAUCUCAACAACAUAUGGUACUGAAUAUUCUCUGAGCAGUGCAGAUAUAUCAUCUCUUUCUGGAUUUAAUACAGCCAGUGCUCUUCAUCUUGGUUCUGUGACUGGCUGGCAACAGCAACACCUACAUAAUAUGCCGCCGUCUGCCCUCAGCCAACUGGGAGCUUGCACUAGCACUCAUUUAUCUCAGAGUACAAAUCUCUCCCUGCCUUCUACUCAAAGCCUCAACAUCAAGUCAGAACCUGUUUCUCCUCCUAGAGACCGUACCACCACCAACCCCUCGAGAUACCCACAGCACACGCGCCAUGAGGCGGGGAGAUCUCCCGUCGACAGCUUGAGCAGCUGCAGCAGUUCCUACGACGGGAGCGACCGAGAAGAUCACCGGAAUGAAUUCCACUCCCCCAUUGGACUCACCAGACCUUCGCCGGACGAAAGGGAAAGCCCCUCUGUCAAGCGCAUGCGGCUGUCUGAAGGAUGGGCGACAUGAUAGCAUUAUUACCUAUUAGUUUCUUUUUUUUUCUUGCAGUGUGUGUGUGUGCUAUACCUUAAUGGGGUAGGGGGGGUCGAUAUGCAUUAUAUGUGCCGUGUGUGGAAAAAAAAGUCAGGUACUCUGUUUUGUAAAAGUACUUUUAAAUUGCCUCAGUGAUACAGUAUAAGGAUAAACAGAAAUGCUGAGAUAAGCUUAGCACUUGAGUUGUACAACAGAACACUUGUACAAAAUAGAUUUUAAGGCUAACUUCUUUUCACUGUUGUGCUCCCUUGCAAAAUGUAUGUUACAAUAGAUAGUGUCAUGUUGCAGGUUCAACGUUAUUUACAUGUAAAUAGGCAAAAGGAAAACGUCUGCCAGAAAUGGCAGACCUUUACUGAGAGAGAAAGCAGCUGUUAUGCAACAUAUAGAAAAUGUACAGAUGUUUUGACAGACCCAGUGGUUGGGUGGCCGUGAAUCCAUGCUAGAAAGAGACUGGGUCACCUAACACAUCAAAAACGCUCAAAACCAUGCGGGCAUAUCUUUGGAGUAUGGCACUCAGUUAAGAAGGAUCAAAGCAUUUGAAGAGGACCAUACUUGUUAAACAAAAUUGAGUUCGAGGGCUAACAUAUUUAAUUUUAAAAAUUCUGGGUCUGUAUCACUUAUUAAAUAAAAAAAAUUAUAAAAAUAUGUACAUUACAUUUUGCUUAUUUUCAUAUUAAAAAGUAAGACAGAGUUUGCAAAGCAUUUGUGGCUUUUGUAGUUUCCUCAAGCCAAAAUGUGUUCUUUUUUCCUUGAUAGCUUCGCUAAUCUUUUAAACAGUCCUGAUAAAAACAGAGGACUUUUUGUAUAGAAAGCACUACCCUAAGCCAUGAAGAACUCCAUGCUUUGCUAACCAAGAUAACUGUUUUCUCUUUGCAGAAGUUUUGUUUUUGAAAUGUGUAUUUCUAAUUAUAUAAAAUAUUAAGAAUCUUUUAAAAAAAAUCUGUGAAAUUAACAUGCUUGUGUAUAGCUUUCUAAUAUAUAUAAUAAUUAUGGUAAUAGCAAAAGUUUUUGUUAUCUUAAUAGUGGGGAAUUAUAUUUGUGCAGUUGCACAUUUAACUAUUUUCUUUUGGUUUUACUUUACUGGGCAUACAUUUUACAGAUCAAAACCAUGUCUUGGAAGACUGAUCUGUAAAAAGUUUGAAUUUACCCAUGGUGUAACAACUGAAACCAUUUUAAUACAACAUUUUACAAUCAGUUGAGUGAACUGCGAUUCAUUGUAUAUACUGAUUAGUUCUUUUCAUGCUGUUUUGUGCAUUGUAACAAGCUAAGGGCCCUUCUAUAACCUACGUCCUGCGUAUCUUGUAGAUUUCCAUGGGCUAAAUGGCAAAGUGGCAUCGCUUGGCCCUUCCUCAUCAGCGAAGCUGGUAUUCUGCCUGUUAGAAUUGGAUAUACAGCUCUAACGGCCAUCGGUUGCGUGAGUGCAGGCGAACAUUUCCAGAGGCAGCAGGGAGAGCAAGAAGUGAGGGACUGACACAAUCCCACCUGUUGCGAAGUCCCCUCUCUCUCAGACGUAAAACCUGCAGAGAGAUCAUCAAUUAGAGGACCAUUCAGAAGUCAAUCUGUCGUACCCCAUCAAUACAGGCCACCAGGCCGCUGUAGUUGUCACAGCCCUCACAGUCACGUCUCGCGGUAGGGAUGCUGUUGAACAAAGCUGCCUGUGUAUUUACAACCCAAAGCGAUUCACUUCCGCAUAUGGCGCCCACCCUUUCUCCUGCCUCGUAUUGUUCCUUUGACUGAAAUUGCUUCACCAGAAGGGAUAUAUCAUUGUUUUAAGUUCUUGUCUGUCCCUCUUGCUUAUUAUAAGAAAAUGGUAUACUCAAAUGUUUCAGUUUAACCUUCCCUUAGGGAAGGAAACUUUGUUCAAGCAACAUGCUAGUGCCAUUGUAGAACUGUAAUACUUCUUUCCAAAAGUUGUUCCAGCUCUCACUGACGUACCUUGAGACUAUGAUGAAGGACAUAACUGCAACAGCAAAAUAUCGACACAGAAAACAUUUUGUUAAGGGAAAUCCACACCCUAUUUCCCUUCUACAUGUGCAGUUGCUGUGCACUGCUCAGCGGUAGAGGUUACCUCCCUGUAGCAGCAAACAACUAGCAGAUGACAGCAUGCGCUAGGACAUACGUUUUCCACUUAUUGUGACUUACAGAAGCCUGCCUCACAGGCACUCUCAGCCAUGCAGGGGCUAGUGCAUAAUCUGGGAACUAUCUAAGCAGAAUACUGUGCUAACAAGACACCUUAUCUUAUCUCGCGUGGAGGUCAGCAGGGUAAAGAAACAGAUACGCAUGUUAAAAAAAAAAAAAAUUAAAAAAUAGAAAAUGGGGCCCAUAAUUAAUUUUAAAACACAAAACUUUUUCAAAACCACUUUCUUCACCUUCAGAUGAAUCUACAGUCAUAUUCUCUUAUGAGAAUUUUAAACUUCGGUGUGUCAAAAAAUAUGCAAAUAUAUCACAAAUGUAUACUUCGACAUUUCAACAAGAAGUACAACUUUAUCAGUAUUGUAGUAGAAACUUGUCAGUGGGGAAGGGGAUUUGGUCUAUUGAAAUAUGAAGAAUAGCCAUAUAAAUAGUUUACCUUGCGAUUUGCCUCAGCAACGCAUGAAGAAGAAAACAUAACAUAUUUAAGGAAGAUGCAGUGUAAUAUAUUACUGCAAGUAACUAAGCGGAAAGUAGCGUGAAACGUAUUGCCUGGGCAAUGUAUAUUAACUCUGACAGUGAUUUUUAUAUAAACAUGAAUAGAAUAGAAUCACAUGAAGAUCAAUGCCAGUCAUCCCUCUCGUUCCUGCUACUGAGGGCAACUAACAUGUACUGGCGAAAUUGUGGGGGAUAAUGCAUAUUUGCAAACUGAUCUAAUGAUAAGAAGCACAACUUUGAUUGUGAAGUCACUUUCUGUAAACUAGAACUGUCUACCUUUCUCUGUUCCUUUAUCUGUACCUUACCAUUUAUUGUAUUUGCAAAGCUUAUUUGGGUUUAAUGUGUGAUUCCUUUGUAUUUAAGGAGUUUGGGGCAGAGCCCUGAAAGAGUAUUAACAUUUACUUUACCUUAACCCAUGCUAUAUAAUGUUUUAGGCAACAUUCUUAAUUGCAAGUUCAAACACCUGAAGUGGCAUUCUAGACAUCUGCAAGUAUUGUUAUAGCUAAGUUAACCUCUAUUAAAAGGUGUUGUUGUUUAGUGUUUAAUUGCUGGUGACAAUUAUAUGAUAUACUCAAUCUGCACAAUUUGUAUAUUGUAUGCAUUGAGCCAUUCACAGUAAAGCUUUUAUCAUUUCAGUGUUUUUCAAAAGUUGUGUUUUAUAAUGAAAUGGCUUAUAUUUUUCCCAGAAGAGGAAUUUAGCAGUUUUUAAUGAAUAAUAUAAAAAUAUCUGUUGUCCUCAGAUCUCUUUUUCAGGUAAAGCUAACGUAAGAAUAGAAGAACUCAUAGAUUGUUUUCAAGGAUGUCAACCCUUUUGUAUUGUACGUGUUAUCCUAUAUACCCUCUUUUACCUAUAGUCCUAACAGAGCUGUUUUGUUUUCCUUUCUCCUUCGCCUUGAAGGUAAAUGCUUUGUAAUUUUUUAAAGGCCACUUGAAACCUCAAUAAAGGCUGUUGCCUAAGCAUGGCAUACUUCAUCUGUUCCUGUUUGUGCCAUCUGCUGUGAUGUCGUCAGUUAUAUGGCAUUAAUUUCCUGCCACUACAGGUCUCUUGAAGGACUGAUGGAACAUUGGUGUCUGUUAGAAUGCUUCAGACCGUAGAUGUAAUAAAAGGCUUUUGUUAAUAUAUUUUAACCAAAGAUGUGGAGCAAUCCAAGCUUUGAGCCACAGACCUUCUGCAUCAAAAGUAUCCAUUUGAUUAUUUUCUUAAUCAGGUUGCAUUUUUACCUUCCUCACUCAUACCUCAGACUGAUCCAUACCUCAGUUUGAAUCAAAAAAGUCAGCUUAGUAACUCAUUAAAAAAAAAAAUUACAGUACCUGAGUCUUUUGUGGAGUAUCUAACAUCAGACCUGGGACACUGCAGGCAUUACACUUGGAUUGCUUCAGAUGGUUUGUUGUAUCCUUUUUUUUUCCUUUUUUUUUUCUUCUCUUUCAUGGGGAUCUGCUUCCAUAAAACAAUGGUGAUAACAAAAGAGCUUGUAAAUGGGAGCAUACAAGCAUUUGCAACAAAUAUUAAAAUAGAGGCUCACAGCGGCAUAAGCUGGACUUUGUCGCCACUAGAUGACAAGAUGUUAUAACUAAGUUAAACCACAUCUGUGUAUCUCAAGGGACUUAAUUCAGCUGUCUGUAGUGAACUAAAAUGGAAAAAUUUCAAAAGAUUCUCCUGCUGGAAAUAAGGUAUAAUUUGUAUUUUGCAGACAAAUCAGUAAAGUUACUGGCUUUCUUAGUGA